UUUUCCUUCUUGGAGUAAAUUAUUCCUUAUCUAUCCAAAUUUGUCUUCUUGAAUGACUUUUUGAAGCAAAUCUCGACAAAACUAGCUCUCAAAAGGGUUUUGGGAGUUUCCUUUCAUUUCUCAGAUUUCUCACGUUUUCUUGGAAGUAAAGUAAUUGAAAUGGUGAGAGGAAAGAUCGAGAUCAAGAAGAUCGAGAACGUAACAAGCAGACAAGUCACAUUUUCCAAGCGAAGGAGUGGUCUCUUUAAGAAGGCUCAUGAGCUUUCUGUUCUGUGUGAUGCUCAAGUCGCAGCUAUGAUCUUCUCUCAGAAAGGAAGAUUAUAUGAAUUCGCAAGCUCCGAUAUCCAGAAGACGAUCAAGCGAUACGCUGAAUAUAAGAGAGAGUGCUUUGGUGCAGAAACUCACCCCAUAGAGCAAUACGUGCAGGGACUAAAGAAGGAAAUGGUGACAAUGGUGAAAAAGAUUGAAGUGCUUGAAGUUCAUAACCGGAAGCUCAUGGGGCAAAGUUUGGCGUUUUGUUCGGUGAAAGAACUUCAGGAUAUAGCCACUCAGAUAGAGAAAAGCCUUCAUAUUGUUAGAUCAACAAAGGCUAAGUUAUAUGAAGAUGAGCUAAAGAAACUAGAAGCCAAGGAGAGGGAACUCAAGGACGAGAGAGUCAGGCUCUGUGGAAAGGUUGGAGAAAGGCCAAUGGGAAUGCCGUCGGGAAGCAAAGAGAAAGAGGAUGUGGAAACUGAUCUAUUUAUUGGAUUUCCGAAGAGCCGACCAUAAAAUCGUCCUCGUUCGUUAAACCUCAUUCUAGCUAUUCAUUCUCAACUAAUGUUGUAUAUUUAUAGUGUUUCAAUCACUUUUAUAUAAACUAAAAAUAAUGUAAUGUG